UGCAAAGAUGUUUUUUGAGAUUGUCAGCUGUGUGGUUGUUAGUUUACCCGUCGCAUUGGCAUGGAGUUCGGGACCCUGUCCCAUCAUUGCUGAUGGAUGCCCUUCGAUGUGGCAGCAUUGGAAUGACUCGUGCUAUCGCCUGACUGCCGACGGCAACACCUACAACGCCAGUUUAGCAGCUUGCCAGGACAUGGGGGGUAAGAUGGCCGCUCCUCGAUCACACGACGAGAACCAGUUCGUGUCGAGCUUGGCACUUAGCGCCGGGCAGUCAUGGGUGUGGCUGGCUUGCGAUGACAGGGACGUCGAAGGAACCUGGCAUUGCAAUGGGCAGGAAUUAACGGGAGAAACUUACGAGAAUUGGUACGGGGGUGAACCGAAUAACAGCGGCAGCAACGAAGACUGCGCUCAGCUGAACCCAUCGACUACCAAAUGGAAUGACAUUUCAUGUGAACACAUAUAUCGAGCACUUUGCAUUCAGAAGAGCCGUAAGAUCAUGUACAAGCCGACUCAGUGACUCGAAUCCACCUGAACAAAUAAACCCAAACAUUUUCUCUUCAUGAUAGGACGAACUGCACAUUUGCUCG